AUGCAAUUUCUUCAUCUUGCUCUUUCACUCUUGACGGCAUCGACCACUGUCUUUGCAAUCGAACCUUUGACAAUCAAAGGACGAAAGUUCUUCCAAAAUGAUACCCAGUUUUAUGUUAAAGGUGUCGCCUAUCAACCCCAAGUAGAUGCUGAAGUGACCAGCACCGUCAUUGAUCCUUUGGCCGAUGCCAAUAACAAGAAUUGUAGCAACGACGCCAAGUUGAUCCGCUCUCUUGGUGGAAACUCUAUCCGUGUAUAUUCCGUGAACGCUAGCUUGGAUCAUGAUUAUUGUAUGGAAGCUUUCAAGAAUGAAAGCAUCUAUGUCUUUUUAGACGUCGCCAACCCCUCUACCGGCAUCGACCGAGCCAACCCGACUUGGACCUUGACUCAGUACGAUAGCUACAAACAGGUCAUUGACGUUUUUUCCAAGUAUAACAACACUGCUGGCUUUUUUGCUGGUAAUGAGGUUGUUAAUAAUGCUACCAAUGCUGCUUCUGCUGCCUACGUCCGUUCUGUUGUCCGUGACUUAAAGUCCUACAUCAAGUCCAAAAAUUAUCGUAGCAUUCCUGUUGGUUAUGCAGGCGCCGAUAUUCCCGUUAUUCGUAAUGAACUCGCUGCUUACUUAACCUGUAACGCUACCAAUACCCCUCAAGACAAUGCUACAGAGGCUGACUUUUUGGGGUACAAUAACUAUGAAUGGUGUGGUGACUCUAACUUCUAUGCUUCCGGUUAUGCUGCUCGUACAAAUGAGCUCCAAAACAUCACUGUUCCCAUCUUCUUUUCUGAAUUUGGAUGCAACAUCAUUCACCCCCGUAUCUUCACUGAAGUCCAGGCGAUUUACUCCAAAAACAUGACUGACGUUUGGAGCGGAGGUAUUGUUUACGAGUUCUCCGAGGAGGUAAAUGGCUAUGGGUUAGUCAAUAUAACUUCUACCGGUGAGCGUGUUAAAAGUGUCGAUUUUGACAACUUAAAAAAACAAUGGGCUACUGUCAAUCCCGAAAAGGUGUCGAAGCAUUCUUAUCAGCCCCUAGGUAAUGCUCCCGAAUGCCCUGCCAGAAACGAAACUAGCUGGGCUGUCACUUUCGAGGCCUUCCCGGUCACCCCUAAUGCCUCUUUAUGCGACGAUGCUGUCAAAAACCUUCGUUGCUCUGUGAAUGGCGACCCAGAAGGAGCCAAGAUAGGUCAAGUUUUUGGUGAAUUGUGCUUUUAUGACCAAGAGGCAUGUGCUGAUAUUACCAGUGACCCCUAUAAUGGUCGUUAUGGAAAGUUUAGUGGAUGCACUGGUAAACAACAACUUAGUCUUGCUUUGGACGCCUACACCAAGCAUCAUGGAGAUGAUGCUUGUAGUUGGGGUGUCUACAUUGCGAAACUACUCUUAGACAAUAUAAGCCCACCAAGAAAUAAAACUGUACCACCAUUCAUUGAUGUCUGA